GCAGCUAAAGAAUUCUGUGUAAACGCCGGGCUGAAGACGACUUACACUAUCGAUUUCGUGUCAAUCAACAACGAGAAUGUAUAUUCUUUAUUGAUGGUAUAUAUUUAUGGUGCAAAAAUAUUUAUAUUUUGUUGCCCCUGACGUCAGGGGUAGGAGCAAUUAGCCGACAUUGGGCGCGUGGCGAGUAAACAGAAGGUGCCCAUAACAGCUGAAGAAGAUUAUAAAGGGCUUCUGCUUUCUAGCAAAAAUAGCAGGGCUUGGCACAUAGGCAAGAAUAAGAAGAAAGGUUCAGCAACCCUCAGUCACUGUAAUAAGGUUUCUUCUGGCUCAGACCUUGCAUGCACCAUCAACGAGAAUCAAGAUCAUCAGGGUAGCGACAGCACUGGAGACCAGCAUUCAAUCCCUGACAUCUCUUGUGUUGACGGCAGUGCUGCUAAAGCUUCUUCGCCUCAGCGGCCCUCUAAAAAGCACAGUGUCAUCCUGCCACCGGCGGAAAAAAUGAACCAUUUGAACCAGACAGGCCCACCCACUCCUGACAAACAGCUUGAAAUGAUGGACACGCAAGAAGACACUGGAGGAGAUGACGAUGGUGGAGGGCUGGAUGGAGAUGGAGUGAGGAGGCGAGUGUCAGGACGACGUGAUGACGUCAUCAACGGCAGGACAGAGGGUUCCGUGGACAACCAGGCAGCUCUGCCCCCAGCCAGCAACCCGGCCUUGCAGCAGCAGCCACCUGCAAACAUUGUUCCUGCUGCUGCGUCUUCAACCAACCAUGUUGACCAGGAAAUGGAAGAUGAUGACGCUCGUUCUGAAGCCACCUUCAAGUUUUCUGUACCGCAGUUUAGUAAAUUGAAGGAAACGGUUCUGUCACCUCCGUGUUACGUGCGCAACUUACCCUGGAAGAUAAUGGUAAUGCAGCGGAUGCAGCAACAGCAAAUUCAAGGCCAAAACAGUACUGAAAGACAAUGUAAUCGGUCCUUGGGCUUUUUUCUGCAGUGUAAUGGAGAAUCUGAAUCUGCGUCUUGGUCCUGUAAUGCCAUAGCAGAGUUGCGGCUUCUCUCUGUUAAAGAGGGUGUGGAAAAUUUCAGCAGAAAGAUUCAUCACUUAUUCUACAGCAAAGAGAAUGACUGGGGCUUUUCUCACUUCAUGGCAUGGAAUGAGGUCUUGGACCCUGAAAGAGGCUACAUUAAAGAUGAUACCAUAACCCUUGAGGUGUGUGUGUCAGCUGAUGCACCGCACGGCGUGUCUUGGGACAGCAAGAAACACACGGGCUACGUGGGCCUCAAGAACCAGGGGGCGACGUGCUAUAUGAACUCUCUGCUGCAGGUGCUCUACUUCACCAACCAGCUGCGCAUGGCCGUAUAUAAGAUGCCGACUGAGAGUGACGACUCAACCAAGAGCGUAGCGCUGGCUCUUCAGCGCGUAUUCCAUGAGCUGCAGACAAGUGACAAGCCCGUGGGCACCAAGAAACUUACAAAAUCUUUUGGCUGGGAGACCCUCGACUCCUUCAUGCAGCAUGAUGCUCAGGAGUUCCUCAGGGUGCUCCUGGAUAAGUUAGAGACCAAAAUGAAAGGCACCUGCGUCGAGGGUGUCAUCCCUCGCCUGUUUGAAGGCAAAACUCUUUCUUACUUCAAAUGCAAGCAUGUGGACUACACUUCUUCAAGAACAGAAACUUUCUAUGAUAUUCAACUCAACAUAAAAGGAAAGAAAAACAUCUACGAGAGUUUGAGGGACUACAUCAGCGUGGAGACGCUCGAGGGCGACAACAAAUACGAUGCUGGAGAACAUGGCCUCCAGGAGGCAGAGAAAGGUGUCAUCUUCCAGAGCUUUCCUCCUGUCCUGCACCUUCACCUGAUGCGUUUCCAAUACGAUCCUCUCACCGACUCCAAUGUCAAAAUAAAUGACAGGUAUGAAUUCCCUGAAAGGCUCAACUUAGACUCGUACGUCGGGAAGCGCGAGGAGGGCAUGGGAGGCACGUACGUCCUGCACGCCGUGCUGGUGCACUCCGGGGACAACCAUGGCGGCCACUACGUCGUCUUCAUCAACCCCAAGGGGGACGGCAGAUGGUGCAAAUUCGACGACGACGUCGUAAGUCGGUGCAGUAAACAAGAAGCCAUCGAUCACAACUUUGGUGGCCAUGAAGAUGACAUCAGCCUCACGGUGAAGCACUGCACUAACGCCUACAUGUUGGUCUACAUCAGAGAGAGUGGCGGCGCUCCAGAGGAUAGCAUGGUGAAUAUUAAAUCUGUACUGCACGAGGUCACGGAGAAAGACAUUCCCUUGGACCUUAUUGACCGCUUGGGGGAAGAAAAGAGAAUUGAAAUGAUACGUCGCAAAGAAAGGAAUGAAGCUCAUCUCUUCAUGACUGUUCAGGUGGUCUUGGAAGACGCUUUUUGCGGGCACCAAGGCUACGAUCUUUACGACCAAGACAAAGCUCAGUACCGCCUCUUCAAAGUCAAGAAAAGUUCCACUUUGAAAGAAUUCUUAGAACUCCUCGCUGAUACACUAAAAUAUCCUAUAGAACAAAUCCGACCUUGGCCUCUUAGUCUACGUACGAAUCAAACUAACCGCACGACCCACCUCGACGUCGAAGCUGGUCUUCACAAGGAGCUGGGACAGAUAAGUGACAAUGUAAAUCCAUGGAUCGUGUUUGUUGAGACGGUUUCCCCGGAGUCAGGACUGCGUUCGCUGCCUAACUUUGAUAAAGAGUCUGAUGUCCUUCUCUUCUUCAAAUACUACGACCCUCGACACAAGAAACUUCACUACAGUGGCCACCACUACAUGCACAUCUCACACUGUCUCGUGGACAUCGUGCCAAUGCUGAAUGAACGGGCUGGACUACCACCUAACACAGAGCUCGCGCUGUUCGAGGAGAUCAAACCCAACCUAGUGGACCGCCUCCCUGACCUCAACAGGCCCAUUGAGAAAGUUCUUGAAGAGCUCAUGGAUGGAGACAUAAUAGUGUACCAGAGGCUUGAUCUUCUAACUGAUGCCACUCUCGAACUGCCGUCGGCAAAAGAUUACCUCAAGGAUAUUUUCUACAGAGUUGAGGUGACCUUCUGCGACAAGCAAGUGCCGAGCGACCCAGGCUUUGUGAUGGAGCUCUCGCAGCGCAUGAACUAUGACCAAGUGGCACGGGCCGUGGCGCUCAGACUGGACACAGACCCUUACCUGCUACAGUUCUUCAAGGCUCAGAGCCACCGCGACGCCCCCGGCAACGCCGUGCGGUGCACGUAUGAAGGCACCCUGAAGGACAUGCUCACAUGCGUCAAGCCUCGCCAGCCCAAGAGAAUUUACUACCAGCAACUCAGCAUCAGAAUCAAUGAGCUCGAGAAUAAGCGGCAAAUGAAGUGUGUGUACAUCAACGAGCGAAGCAAGGAAGAGCAGGAGUUGGUGUUGUACCCCAACAAGAACGGGACCGUCGCUGAUCUCCUGGCAGAGGCGCGCAAGCAGAUACCUGCCCUCGUGGCUGGCGCCGAGGCCGGGGCUAAUAUGAACAACCCUGCAACUCCUCCACUACCUACUUCUGCUAAACUCAGAUUAGUGGAGAUUUCCUCGUGCAAGAUUACUCAAGUGCCGCCCGAGAACAUGAGCCUGGAGGCUCUGACGUCUGCGGGCACGCGUACGUACAGGGUGGAGGAGGUGCCGCCUGGUGAACUACCUCUGGCUGAGGACGAACUCCAAAUUCCUGUUGCUCACUUCUCCAAGGAGCCAUACAGUACCUUCGGUUCUCCCUUCCUAAUCAAGGUGAAGCAAGGGGAAACCGUCCCUUCAGUCAUGGAGCGCAUUCAGAAAAAGCUGGAAGUUCCUGACAAGGAGUUUGAGAAGUACCGACUCGCUAUUGUUAUUAUGGGCAGACACUCUUUCCUCUCUGAAGGCGAUCAUCUGAACUUAGUUGACUUUAGAGUUCUCAGCAAUCAAGCUCAAUUACCGAGCAAGCCCUGGCUAGGGCUGGAACAUGUCAACAAAGCUCCCAAGCGCUCCCGCUACAACUACCUCGAGAAGGCCAUCAAAAUUUACAACUGAAGAGACUACAUUUCGUUGCGACUAAUGCCACCGUCUCGUUGUUGGUUUCUGUUGUUGCUGUACGAGAUUCAGUUGCAAGUUUGCUAGCUAUAUUUCCCUAGGAAGUUUAUCACUGAGUAACUUAUUGCCUGUUAUAGAUAGUUCUCUGGAGCUAGAUGCUUUGAAGCGCUGGAGUGCUUUAAACUUUGGAAAAAUAUGAUUUUUGUUGUAACUGUUACAUCGCGGAUGCACAUAAGUUGAAUCAAUAUUCACUUUACUGAAACAUUUACUUCUGAUGAAUAUUGACACUUCUGUCUGCCGAAAAAAAUCUAUUUCGAUCACUUAAAUUGUAUAUUCAUUUAUUUGUAUUUUUCUUGAAUGAAUCUAACGAAUCAAGUUUCAGUGAUCAAGUGAGACAAUUUUUUUUUUCCAGGCGACGUCUUUCUUCAAGAAAAAGCUGUCGCUAGUCUGCGACUGUGACUGUGGUAUGGUUCCUAGUCUCGAUUGACGCAGCUUUGUUUUACAUUUAUUCGGUUGGCAUUCCUUUCGUUCUUGAUGACUCGUUGCUUCAUUUUUUGGACAAGCCUUCACGUUUUUGCAAACACUCAAUAGCUUCUUCCGUGUAUCAUUGAUGUAUUUUUUCCGUCAAACGCCGAGCGGAAAUAUAAAAUAUUAAGUAGGUGGGAUAUAGCAUGAGCGCUAGAUCAAGAACUUAUGCAAUGUUCAGAACUCUCCAGCAUCAUCAAUCAUAUUCUACUACUACACAGCGAUGGUGACAUGAGAGCAUGACAUCAAUAAAUAAUGCCAUGAAUAAAACGACCAUUGAUGUUGGCGCCAGUUCUUGGCUUCUUUUCCUCUUGAGUAUAUUGAGUACUUAUAGAAUGAAAUGUAAUGAGUAUCAGUUGACAGAGAUACCAAUCGCGACAGAAAAUGUAAUAAUUACCAUUUUAUUUAGUUUGCUGUACAGAAAAGCUAGUUUGCGACUAAUCAAGAGGUUUAUUUAUUGCAAUGACAUGAAGUAUGAAUUUAGGAAGCUACCGAGAAUAUCUCAAUGUAACUUAUGUACCAUAUUUAAACGGGCUCAUACUCCCGCCUCUGUGUGUGUGAAUCUGUAACAUAGCAUAGUGCGCUAGCAUGUACAGUUUGUAAUGGAAUUUCAUCAGUUACUUUCAAUACAUCUAUCCUAAAAUAAUUCGAAUAGCGCCAUUCCAUCUUUUCAAUCAAAACUAAAUCAAUAACUUCGGAUUUGCAAGUGAUUUUAAUGGGCUCGAUAGUUGCUUAUUGAUGUUUCAUAGAGAAGUUGAUUGAAAAAUUGAGUAUUGCUCCUGAUUUAUUUAACGAAGGCGAUAAGUUAUCAGGACGACAUUGUUUGUGUGUUUUUAACGGUAACUCGUUCUCUAAUUUCUAUAUUUCUUACUUCUCGCCCCUGAAUCCAAAAAGUAAAGAUUCUUAUUACUUCAAAUGGAUUCCAAACACGUCUGUUUUAGUUCAGCAUAUAGUUAAAUAAUAUUAAUCCUAGUUAAUCUUGUUAAGGAGAAUGGAUUUUUGCCCGGGCAAAGUCAAAUGUGGAGAGAUUCUCUCAUUAGAACAUGUAUUUGCUUAACGGACUAGUGCUGCCCUUCCAAAGUUUAGUUAGAAGUUAGUUGAGCGGCUGCACCUUCUGGCUGUUUUCAAUGCAGAUCGUGUUGUUAAAACGCAGAGCUGACUUUUGCUAUCCCUGUUGCAUAAUAUUAUUUUCUUGCAAGGUAACGGUGACUUGCAAACGUUUAAUGACAAUUCAGGUAACCAACUCUAACGUAAUGCGGACCAGCAAUACUUAAGUUAAAGUCUUUAAAAUCAUGACAUUGGUCUGAAAUGCACGCCUUUUUAGACUAGCGCGCGUUGCAUGAAGCCACAAACUUCGUAUGUAUACCGAUUCAGGAUAAAAAAAAUCUGUUUCCUAUUCUACUAUAAUAAUGUUUAUUACUUCUCCUUAUAUCCGUUCAUUAUAGUUUCGGCUGAAAGUUGAACGCAUUGCUAAGCAUGACAAUAGUCGCGUUUUUUAAUCGAACAGCAAGUUCGUUGCACUAACAUGGAAACUUAUUAAAUCCGAGUAUAACGCUUGAAUUUUUCUUGUUUCAUUUUCAGUUAAUCAUAAAUAACUUGUGCCUAGAUUCUUAUUAUCACGUCUGAUUUGUACUUUCCUAUCAGGUCCUUGAUUCAUUUGUUCUAGCCAUGAUCGCCAUCGAUAAUCUCCGAUUCGUUAAUUAGUUGCAGCAUUCUUUUCCACGGGAGCUUUUCUUUUUUGUACAUCGUUUGCUGAAAGUUGGUUUUUUGUUGCGAUGGCUUUGAUAAGCAGCGAUUGCGAGAAACGUCACUUCGCGUCUUCUCGAAUGCACGGUGACAAUUUUUCUAUUACACUGUUCAUGGAUAUAGACUUGUGGCUUGAUUUUUUUUUCAAAUUUAAGACUUCUCAUCUUCUUCCUUUGUCUUAUAGCUUAAGUGGUCGGUCAGUCGAUUUGCUCGUCUCUAACUUUGAAGGUACACUUGAGGCGCAAGAUUUUGCGUCGGUUGUAAUUAGAAGCGAUCACGAAUGGCUUAUGCCUGUUAAUUUUGUAUUUUGCUAUUUAGGAUUUCGACCUUUCUUCUUCAGAUCUGCCACUCGUUGUUUUGUAUAUCAAGUGGACUUAUAAAAUGUUUUUCUGCACUUAUUUAUUCAUUGCUUACCUCGUGUCUCUAUUUCUCGAAAGCAAAUUUGUUUUUUAUCUUGCAUGAUAGUUUGAAUCAAAAUACCCUAGAUAUUUGCUAUCAGAGAACUUAACCGAUGAGCGAGCAGAGCUAUUAGUCGUGUUAUUUACCAGCCAAAACUGCAUUACAAGUAUUUUACACAUGCGUUGUUGCUACAUCGAUGCGUCCGGCGUCUUCUGGACACUUGCGAAUCAUUUUACUCCUUUAUCGUUAGGAGGCCUGGUUAUAGCUGGCAGAAAUGUUUGGAUUUUAGGUACAAUUGUGUGAUGUGCAGUGAUUUUUAUCACAGGACAUUUAUUGUAAGGCACAUUAAAAACCGUCUACCGUCAAAAUUGACUGAUUUUUGUUGUGAUUAAGCAUUCGGUUUUUUGUUUUUACCAUAAUGCCCAUUUUUCCUGUAUUAUUUUGGUUGAAGUACGUGUUCCAAAAUUUUUUUUCUUUACUUGAUAUUCGAGAGAUGAUUGAUAGGCUCUGUGACUUCACAUAUGACGGCUUGAGGCAUAUAUUGAGUGUAAUAGCAAACCAAUCCAAGUUGCUAUUCGUUGCACUGCUUUCCUAAAUCUCGUGUUGUGUCUUCGGUGUGAUAUUUAAAUGCCUUAAGUAUCCUAUCAAUUGUACAUAGCGCUGCCAAGCUGAGCGGAUUGCCCGUCCGACAUUACUCAUCAUCCGAAUGCAUCGCGGCUUAAUAAGUCAAUUAUUGAUACUUAGGGCGGCUGUCAACUAUAAUCUCUUCUAGCACGCUGUAAGCGUACAGCUUUUCGUGCUGUAUACUGGCUGCUCUGCGCCAUCGUUUAAGAAGAAAUAAACUUUACAACUCU